AUGUCUCCGGCUGCUGCAGUUACACUUGGCUUAGGUAAUCCUGUACACGAUAACUCUAGAAUCGCAAACCAGGUAGAAAUCACGCGGCCCAAGUUAGUGACAGACACAACAAGCUCGUUAUCGGAUCCUGGAAAGAUAGUGCCUGCAGAGUUCAUUUCUGGUUGGGAUGGAAGCUGCAAUGGUGUAAAUGAGGAUAUAGUGCCUGCAGAGUUCAUUUCUGGUUGGGAUGGAAGUUGCAAUGGUGUAAAUGAGGAUGUUAUUAUGGGGAGCCCAACUGAAAGCACUCAGAUUCUUUGUGAUUCGAUGAUUCAGGAAAGUGAGGAAAAUGAAGUUUUGUCGGUUGCGGAGGACCCCGACGGAAUUAUAAGCGAGGAGCUGCUAGGUUUGGAUGCUAGUUCAGACAUGAGCUUGCCAAUUGCUGUUGAGAUCCAGGAUGUUGACAAUGGCCAAAUUGUUGCUAAGGUGAUUAGUAUCAAUGAGCAAAGUAUUGAAAGGAAGCUGACUGGUGAUCUCUUAACUGUGGCAGCUAGCCCAAAGGACGAGCUUUCUAAUGGGCCUUCUCUAAAAGCAUCUGUGGUAGCUCUUCAGUUGCCUCAAGACAAGGAUCCUGGCAAAGGAGGUGUCCGGAGUGUUUUUGAAUUGGAUUGUCUGCCCCUUUGGGGUUCCAUAUCCCUACGUGGAGGAAGGCCAGAGAUGGAAGAUGCUAUUAUGGCUGUACCUCAGUUUAUGAAAAUUCCUAUUAAAUUGCUAAUUGGUGAUCGUGUGAUAGAGGGGCUGAGUCAGAAUUUGACUCACCUAACUUCACAUUUUUUUGGAGUGUAUGACGGUCAUGGAGGCUCUCAGGUUGCAAACUAUUGCCGUGAUCGCAUUCAUUUGGCUUUGGCAGAGGAGUUAAAAGUAAUUGAAGAUAGUUUGGUGGAAAGAAGCAUGAGGGACUCUUGGCAGUUGCGGUGGGAGAAAGUCUUUACUAGUUGUUUUCUAAAGGUUGAUGAUGAAGUUGGAGGAAGAGUUAGUAGAGGCAUCUCUGGAGAAAAUGCAGAUUCCCCUGAUCAUACUUCUGAACCUGUUGCGCCUGAAACUGUUGGGUCUACUGCCGUUGUUGCAUUAAUCUGUUCAUCACAUAUUAUAGUUGCAAACUGUGGCGAUUCAAGAGCAGUCCUUUAUCGUGGGAAAGAAGCAAUGGCAUUGUCAAUUGACCAUAAACCAAACCGAGAAGAUGAAUAUGCGAGGAUUGAAGCAUCUGGGGGCAAGGUCAUACAGUGGAAUGGACACCGUGUUUUUGGUGUUCUAGCAAUGUCAAGGUCUAUUGGUGAUAGAUAUUUGAAACCAUGGAUUAUACCUGAACCAGAAGUCAUGUUUGUUCCACGAGCUAGAGAGGAUGAGUGCCUUAUUUUGGCCAGUGAUGGGUUGUGGGACGUUAUGAGUAAUGAGGAAGUGUGUGAAGUGGCUAGACGGCGGAUUCUUCUGUGGCACAAAAAAAAUGGAGUUGAUUCUCUUGGAGAGAGGGGCCAAGGAGUUGAUCCUGCAGCGCAAGCAGCAGCAGAGUACCUCUCAGUGCUUGCUCUCCAUAGGGGAAGCAAGGAUAACAUUUCUGUGAUUGUGGUGGACUUGAAAGCUCAGAGGAAGUUCAAGACCAAAACUUGA